UCGAUGUUGAUAUCAUCGAAAAGUAAGUAAACCAAAGCAAACAAAAACUAUUUUAACAAGUUCCAACCCCAGAAAAGUUUUAUUUAAUUUUGGUAAAAUUUUACCCUGAUGAACACAAUGAGUGACACAGGGUCAGGAAAAUUGGUGGAAGAAUCUUUGAAAAGGAAGGAGAAACUUAGACUUCUUAGAGAAAAGGCCCAGAAGUUGGAACAGAAAAAUGGCGGAGAAUGUGGCGGUCAGUUGUCGAGGCCGGUAUUCAGAAGCUACAAACCUCAAAAUGAAAAUACAUUAGGCGAGAUUAUUCCACAACAACCAUCCGGAGAUAUCGAAGACGCUGUUGAGGACCAAUUGAGUUUGAUUAGUAGCACCACUGUUGUAGAGGAUAUAGACAUAGACAAUUUGGCACCUCGUAAACCUGAUUGGGACUUAAAGCGAGAUGUUGCCAAAAAAUUGGAACGUUUGGAUCGCAGAACGCAAAAGGCUAUAGCCGAGUUAAUUAGGGAUCGACUGAAAAGUAACCAGGAAGGCCAAGAUAUAUUCCAGGCCGUAAAUGUAGCAACAGCCCAUGUAGGAAGUAAAAAUGGCUAGUAGGGUAUUAUUUAAUUUAAUUUUUAUUACAAACAACUAUUAAUAAUGUUUUUCUAGAAAUUA